AUGGACAAGAAUUAUCUCGACAGAAUCAACCUUCGCAAACAUAUUCUAAAGCAGCAACCAGACGAGUGCGCUGUGGCUAACGCAGCUGCACAGCCAGCCAUUAACGAAUUGUAUACCUGGCUCAUGGGUACAUACCUGCCACAACGAUUCCCUACCAUGUUUGAAUUGCUACCCUCCAAGGAUGGCAAACCACAGCAACUGUCUAACCUAGUCACUGGCGAUGUUCAUCCUGUUUUGCCCCCUUCUAGUGGCCCUACGAGCACUGAGGCACUUCGGAUUAUCGGUGAGACAGUCGAAGAAGAUUUCAUGAUCCUUAUGCCUUCUUCGGAUGGCCGUGGAUACUCCUUGCAAGGUAUAGUGGCAUGCUUCCCAAGUAGCUGGAGUCCCAAGGAGAAAUUCGGCAUGACACUUCGAGAAAUCCAUGUACCAGUGCCCAAGUACAAAGAAAAGUUGGAGAUGAGUCUGGAGCGGUUCUUGGGAAGAGUUGAGCCCGGAACCUAUGUUCGAAGAGCAAACUGGACUGUGACCCUUGACAACGCCUUAUGGUCUGCCAAUUCAUAUGAAAACCAUGCUUUUGAUGAAGUCGUGAAGGCGGUCGAUACUAUCGACCCUGAAAUUGCAUGUGUACGUUCAGAGCGUCAAACAGUUCAUCGGCUGCCGCAAUCUGGAGCAAUCUGCUUCUGUUUUAAAUCUUUUAUCUACCCGCUCACAGAUAUCAAGGCAGAGGGUUGGGGAGAGGAGCUAUCUCAAGCCAUUGAUGGUCUCCAAAAAGGCAGCGUUCCAGAAAUUCACCAUUACAAGCGCGCUGGUGUCUGGGGAGAGGCUGUGAAGGCUUACUUGAGAUCUUAG